GCGACAUCUGUAGAUGUCGAACGGAUAUUCAGCCGUGGUCGCCUCUUGCUCUCCCAUGUGCGCAGCCGUCUCUCUUCUCAAUCCAUUCAUGCAUUGCUGUGUCUUGGUUGCUGGAGCCUUAUGGGUCUCGUCAAAGACAAGGAUGUGUUAGCUGUAGCCAUGUUAGCAGAUGUUGAAGGUGACAAAGAUGCUCUCGAUGAUGGGUGGGAUAACAUUCAGCUCUGA